AUGCAUGAAGUAGCAAAAGAAACAGAGGAAUUACAGGGCCCAAGCCAAAAAUUGUCACUUCUUUUAUGGUGGAGACAAUUUAAAUAUAAACAGGGAUGGAAGAAGUUUGUAGCAGAAAAAACAAAAGGCAUAUUUGGGGUUCCUUUACAAAUAUCACUUCGAUAUGCAAAUGUUGCAGUUUCUUCUACGGAUAGUAAUGGUAAUUCAAAUGUUUAUGGAUAUAUACCUAUUGUUGUUGCAAAAUGUGGCGCGUUUCUGAAGGAAAAUGCAAAAAGUGUUGAAGGGAUAUUCCGUCUUAACGGAUCAGCAAAACGAUGCAAAGAGUUACAAACAAUAUUUGAUUCUCAACCUAAAUAUGGGAUGAAUAUAAAUUGGGAUGAUUUUACAGUUCAUGAUGCUGCGAGUAUUCUACGGCGUUAUCUUAAUUAUCUCCCAGAGCCUAUUAUACCUCAUAGAUUUUAUCAAGCAUUUAGGAAUCCUUUAAGAAAUGAAUUCUAUGAUGAACAGGAUGUUAUUUUAGCAUAUAAAGGAUUAAUAGCGUCUCUCCCACUCAUGAAUCAACAAUUGUUGUUAUAUAUUUUAGAUUUGCUAGCAGCUUUUGCUUCAAAGUCUGAUGAAAAUUUGAUGACGGUAUCUAAUCUUUCAUCUAUUUUUCAGCCUGGUAUUCUUUCGCAUCCCGAACAUGAUAUGUCUCCUAAAGAAUAUUAUCUUUCACAGAAUGUCGUUAUAUUUCUUAUUAGUCAUCAAAAACAUUUUUCAAUAAAUACAAUUACUUCAAAUUCUAAUUUGAUAUUGUUAGAUGACAGCGAGAAUAAUAAUUUUUUAGAAGCAUCAUAUGCUACAGAUUCUAGUAAAUAUGCGUUUAAGAAGAAAUCUAAUGUUUUAAAAAAACCGCUUUGUACUAACCCGAAAUUUCAAAAUUCUUGUAAAAACAAUGACUUGAAAUUGGAAGAAUUUAACUCGAAAAAACCAUUUCAAUUUAUAUCACGUAGUAAUACUUUACCAAGUAAUUCGAGUAGGAGGAUUAAUCCUUGUAUUACAAACACUUUAGUUUCUCUUAAACAGAAUACGUUGAAAAGUUCUAAAUUUUCGCCACGGAAACUUAGUAUAAAUGAGGAUAAAAUCUUUAAAAUGAAAAGAGAAAACAGUUAUUCUACUUUUGGGACAUCCCCUGAUGGUUCAUUUAUUGACUCCUCUUCUGAGAUUUUUAAGAAUACUGAUUCUAUAUAUACUCUUCCUUCAUCUUUAGGUAGUUCAUCUUGGUUUUCUCGAAAAUUUCAAAAAAAAAUUUUAGAUAAAACAUUACCUAUGAAUAUUUCAUCAUCAUCAUUAAAAACUCUUGGAACCUAUUCUAGUAUAUUUCCUUUUAAAUUAAAAACACGUCGAUCUUUUUCAUCUCAAUCGACACAUUCUGUUUGUCAUUCUCGGGUAAAUUCAAUUCCUAGUUCUAUAGCAUCUGAAGAUAGACUAUCAAGAGAUAAUUCAACGUUUGACAAUCAAAUAGUAAAAAAGGGUUCAGUAUGUGAUAUUUAUUACGUUUAA